CAAAGAGGAGGUAACGUAAUGUAACGGUGCUUACUGUGAAGGACAUCCAGCACUUACACCACGGCAACACCAAUCCCAACGCCAAUCAGGAUGGCUUCCUCGCACUCGCGCACCGCGCUGGCACCCUUGCCAAGCGGUAGCAACACACAGGAUCAGAUUGUCCAAAGACUUCUCGCCAAUUUUUUCGCGGCCGAGGGCAAGGAGAACGCGCUGGCCGCGCUGGGUUUCGGCAGCAAGAAGCCAGCGAGCAAGAAGCGCAAGUCCACCGAGGAGCACGACGCGCCAGUGGCGGCGCCAGUCGACCUGGACUCCAUCGACCUCGAGGGCUAGCCAAUCGACCAGAACUGCGACCAGGUCCGGCGCAAGAUCAACCGCCUCCUCGACUCGGGCGAGAUGACCAAGACGGCGUUUGCCCGCGCGAUCGGAGUGAGCAUGCACUCACUGAACGGCUUCCUCGGCGUGAGUGGCCCAUACAAGGGCGCCGGGUCUGCCACCUACGGCGCCGCGUGGGAGUUCUUCAAGAAGCACGAGAUCGCAGGCGUCAAGCUGCCCGACAAGAAGAAGCAGAAGACGGCCGGAAGCAACCCCGCGGCAGCCGCCGUCGACCUCAGCGACAUCGUCCUCCCCGGCGAGGAAGACGACGCCGUGCCGGUGUUUGAAACUUGCGACGAGAUCCGCAAGAAGAUCUCUGCCUACCUCAAAAAGCCCGGCGUCACGCAGGCGCAGUUCUGCCGCGACCUCUACGCGCAGCUCAAGGGUCCCGAUCGCCCGGCCACCGUGUUCCAGAGCUCCCAGCUCACCAGGUUCCGGAGCGCCAAGGGCCCGCUCACCGGCGCCAAAUCGCCCAUCUUCUACGCCGCGUACGUCUUCUUCGAGAAGCUGCGCAUCAAGGAGCGCAGGCCCAAGAGCAAGCACCGCUUAGCAAUGGAGGACAUCUGGGGCCCCGAAGGCGGGUUGAGUCGAGACCACGACGGGCGUCAGCCGUAAGUUGCUGCUUCCUUCCUGCCUGUUUGGAUCCGGUCCCGUUGCUCUCUGCCAGGACUCGCAACCAUGCGGCUCCGAGACGUAAGUUUGACGUUUGGCGUACUGAUCCGAUGCAGCGUCCUCUGUUUGGCCGGUACGACCCCAUACAUCGAUCAGUAUGGCGUAUUUCACACUUACUAGGCAAUACCUGCCUCGUUUCUCUCUCGAUGAAAGAGCGAACUACUUUAUCUUGUCUCUCGUUUACGCCGGGCAGCGCCGUGGCGAUGAGCGGAACACGCCUCGAUUCAGAUAGUCCAUUGUAGUUACCAGUUUGCUGUACAUCCAUCCACCGGUCUUUCGUUGAAUUCUUUUGUGGUGUUCAGGCCCAAUUUCCUCCAUCCAGUUCACAUUCGCUUCUUCUCUUCUGUGAGUUCAAACAGAACGGAUCAAUAUGAAAAUCUGGCCUCGGCAUGUGAA